CCUUCCUCGUGUCCCAAGAGAACUAAAUGUCACAUGAGUUCAGAUGUGCGUGCUAAAAUUGUUAAUUCGUCUGCUUGAAAAAGAAAUAACAGUCCACAGUUUGCGCUUCCCUCUUCAAAUGUUAUUUCAUAGUUGUCGACACUCCGCGCAAACAGCGUGGUUCUCCGUCUGUCCGACACACGCCGCUCUUUCGUCCGGUUGGUGGCAUUUGACGUCGGCACUCGCCCCCAUCAUCUCGGACGGCGUGCCGAGGGCGAGAGGCGCAUAAACAUAUGUUACUGGCGCUUCGUGUAACACGCCAACGCUUCUGACCAAUUCGGAUACGUCUUUCAACCAAAAAAUCUCGCACGUUACGGACUUUGCACGAACGAUUGAAGGACGGCCUACUCCCACAACGACGGUGGUGCCAGGCGCACUGCGGCCCGACAUCUCCUCCCGGCUGUGGAAUGAAAAAGAACCAAGUUCUUCCUCCUCUGCUUGUCGUUGUUUUUCUCGUUGCUGGUCAAACUGCCCAUGGCUCUGAAGUUGGAGAACCGGUCGAUCCUCAAAACCCUGGAGAUGUGCCAGAAAGGCUGCAGGAUACAGUGCAUGGCGUCAAAAUGGGAGUGGUGAACCCUAAGUGUGAUAAUGCCAAGGUCAACAUUUCUGUCGAUUUUCUGGAUGAUCCAACAGUCUACGUGUGCUUCCACCCCAAGGCAAUGUAUCCACUUGGAACAGUUGCUCAUGGACACUCAAAGCAAAGUUGUGACACAAUACCUGUUGAUUAUCGACCCAGGCACUAUUGCAUGAACAACCGGAUCAAAUAUGACUCGUACCUGCCAACACAUGAAGGACAUCGACCUUUGUGGCCUGUAUUUGGAGAGUAUAAGUAUGUUCCACCUCAGCGCUGGCUUCACAACAUUGAGCACGGUGCAAUUGUCAUGCUCUACCACCCAUGCACUCAUCCUUAUUAUGUGGACACACUUCGCAACAUAGUUACAGGCUGCCUUCGCAAGCAUGUUAUCACACCUUACGUACACCUUAGUCCAGAAAGGCCUUUGGCGUUAGUUGCUUGGGGAUGCCGCUAUGAAAUGAGUACUGUGGACCAGGAGGAAGUUGUGGCAUUCAUCAAGGAAAAAGCGUUGAAGGGACCCGAGGGUUCCUAUCCAAAAGAAGGCCAGUAUACACAUUUUCUUCUCAAGACUUCAACGCCCCCUUUGGGAUCUGACAUGAACGAUACUGUCAUCUGUCCUGGUUUGUGAACAUCUCUCACAAGGUCUUGGAUCCCAGUCUGGAGUGGGUGUUGGCAUCUGCCGGAAGAAGCCUAGGUUCCAUAUAAAGUCCAAGCAAGAUAAGACCGCGUGUUAUUGGCUGUGGGUGCGAGGAAGAACAUGCAAGGGUGAGCUGAGAAGGAUGGUGGCUUGAUGUGCACCGCAUGCCCAUUGUUGGAGGUGGCGUGUUCCUCUUGAGCCGCAUGGGAAAGGAGCGCACAUGCUGCUCUGCUUGGACCAGUUUGGCAUCCCCCGUGUCUUUCCUCCUCAACAUUCUUGCAGUACACAACAUUACAGUAGCUAGCGAUGCAUUGAACUUUCACCUUUCAAUCAGGCUUGUCCAAAAAAGCGUCCCAUAGGAGUGAGAAAUUUGUUCAAAAUAACCAUUGUGCGAUUUUUUUAGUUUGAGUUAGGGGGAGUUUUUCUCUAUUCAAAUACAUAGGACUUUGCUGCGACCGACAGAGCAGUUCAAAUUAUCUGUCAAUUAGAGUUUAAAAAAUUUCAAAUGAUUGAGAGUUCAUUGUAUUAUCCUAAACAUUGCAAGCACUGGUAGUGAGUGAAUUGGCUGCUUAGUCCUGAAAGAGUUCAUUUGCUUUACAGUCGCACAUAGAUAUAAUGAACACUAAAGUAUACUAAACACAGAACUAUACUAAAAUUUAUCUCAUCGAUAUCAACAUGUGACGAGCAUCACAUACAAUGAAAGUAGUUUGGUGCUGGAAGUGACUUUGUUAUAAUGUGGUUCGACUGUAUCGAUAAAAGGCAUUCUGGCUGUCGGAUGAAUUUAAAUUAUUUGUAUUAAUAAAUCAGGGUACCUCAGUGCAGAAGCUGUCACAGUUAAAAUCCGCAAAACUGAAUUUGAUAUAUAUACAGGGUGUCCCAGCUAUCACGCACCAAGUUUUUUUUAAAAGACGGGAGCUUUCUGUGCUGAUGAGGCCAGUAUGCAUGUUAGCAGCAACCUCAAGAGGCAUCUUAUAUUUUUUGCUCCUUCUAAUUAGCUCAAUUGCAAUGAUUAACUUUAAUUACUAUAUUUGGGGCAGACGUGCCAGCAUAAGGUGUUUGAGCAACUUCGAACAUAUAAGUCUCAAUUGUUUGCAACACACUACAUCUUUUUUUCAUGUGUGUCCUGAAUGUGGGUCAUAAGGACUGGCAGUUCUCGGAAGCGUUAGUGUUUUGCCCUAAACAUUUGUGCCAGAAAACCCAGCCUGUACUUUCUAGCCAAGGUUGGUUUCUGCUGGAGAAGUCGCACAGCAGUGGGCUGCCCUGGUGGGAUAGCACACUCAUAGUUUCGCAAUAUUUCAGAGCAGGCGACGUGGCAGAGGCCUCACACUUCUUAAAAUGUCGCACAAGCAAUGCCAGAAUGGCUGUAACUGUCAGUGGGAGGUGAUUAGAUGCAGCAAUUUUAAAUUGAAAUUUCAGGUUAGAAUGUGUGCUCAGAGACCAGUUUUUCUAAGGGUACAACCAUACUGGCCUCUCCAUUUUCAGUUACACUGAUAACUAAACAAGACUUGAGAGCAGGCUAUUUGGUAUUUUAUGACUAGUAACAAUGAUAAACUGAGAAUAGUCGGAUGAUCAUAACCCCUUCAAGCAGUUUUGACUAAGUAUGUAGCUAAACAGAUAGGCUUUUGAGUGCACAGUAAUGGAUUUAAGUAGGCACUCGGAUGUCUAGUAAAGGUUCCCACAAACAAGUCCUGAGCUCUUUGAAAGUGCAGCUGCUUUGGAGCGGUCAGCAACUGCACUAAAUCUUGACAGCAGUGAGACCUGGCAGUUUACAUUCUCAGUCUUGUAGGACACGAGCUGCCCUGGGCACAAGCUUGGCUCAUGACAGCAGUCAGAGAGAUCUAGAGUGAUUCUGAGAACUUUAUUAGGCAUUGUGUAACAUGUCUCCUGUUUCUGUGAUCAAACCAAGGCCCCUCGUCGAAACGUUGGCUCCAGGCUUACAUUUCCCUUGUUCAUCAUCUGCUCAGGCCUCCAACUUUCUGUGAUUCCUUUGCCUUGUUUACAAGUUCAUGCUACAUUUGUGGGAAAAAUUGCAUUGCUGUGAAGUUUUGGAGUAAGAUUGCCUGUUAUUUAUAGUCCAAAUUGUGUUUGUCCCUUUCCAGGCAUGUCAGUGUUGACACUAUUUGGGCUAAAUUAUUUGAGAAUUUUUUAGUAUAUUUCUUUCACAACAAGCUGUUUGUUCAUCUUUGUUCUUGGGUACAAAUAAGCCAAUCUGGGUGGUAGCACGUGUAUUUAUGCUUAUCUAAACAACACAGAAGAAAGGGUAUAUUUUUCUGCGUUGAGUGCCUGUCAUGUUUAUCUCGUUGGUAAAUUGAACUGAAUUUGUUUCAUAACUGGCUCAACUGUAUAUGUUAACAAUGUCUUUUACAUUACCUUUAUGAGUGCUAAUUGUUGAUUUCCUGUACAAGUAAUUGUGGGUUCAUGUCACAAGUUAUGUUACCUGUGACUGUCCUUGAGAUGCUGCCCUUUGCACUGUUGUGUGAAAUGGUUCAUGAAGGCAACAGUUAUAUGCCGCUGCAGUAACAUCUCAAUGACAAAAAUAUUGCAGGGGCACAAAAAUACUUGUACUGCAAAAAACAAGAUUUUCAGGUUGAGGGAUAAAUAGCAUGAAUAAGGACAGAGACUUAGAGAUGAAAAGGAUGUGAUGAGCACUGACAAAGUUCUCAACUUGGCAUUGUUGUAAUUUUUAUGCUAAGGUAACAGAAAUGUGUACACAAAUGCAAAUUUAUUAAUGGUAGAAAAUGUUUUCAACAAUCUCUAAACAAUUUGUUGGGCACAGCAUGGAUCGCAAGGUAGCUUGUGCAGCAUAUUUAUUUAUUUAUUUAUUUACAUAAAUAAAUAAAUAAAUAAAUAAAUAAAUAAAUAAAUAAAUUGGCUGUGUAGAGUUCUUAGACUAAAUGAAAUUUUGGCCGUGCAAAAAGCCUGGUUUAAUAUACUGUAUAUGUAAAAGCCUCUGUGCAAUGUUUGAUAUUUCAAAUACGAGUAGAAACGUCAUGCAAGGCUCUGAGAAGUAGCCAUUUUUGAUACCGAAAUUGAAUAAAACGCUGUCAUUACAUCACUUAGACCACGUGGCUCCUCAGCAUGACCUGUGAGAUAAGGUGGUGACCGUGGUGCACCGAAAAAUCUCUGAGGCAUCAUUUUGGGACUUUGGUUAUUCUACGUGAAACGUCCCAGUCCUCAGAAGUAACCAUCACCGAUUAUAUUGUAAAAAAUUGGGUUAGUUGGUGAUUGUGUGAAUGUUGUUUCACAGAUGCAUAUUUCUUGUCAAAAAAACUUGUGAGGGGGAUGUAAGCACUCUUUGAAGUUUCCGCAAAGAAGCAAAAGUUGGUUGCAGGGAAAUUUUCUUUAGUCAAGUGUGAAACUAAGUGUAUUGACAGAUCUUAUUUUAGAAUAUUCUACUGGCAUAAUCGUUUCAUGUUAGAUGCACACAUUUAUAAAGUAUCCACCGUUUAAUUGGCUGUCUAACAAAGCCAGAAAAUUGUGUGUAUUUAGACAUUUGUUGCACAGAAAUUAUUAAUAUUUCAGCCACAAUAUUUCUUUAGUAUAUUUUCAAGAAAUUACUUCCACAUUAGGCAAAAUUAAUUUUUAACGAUGUUCAUACCUCUAUUAAGCAUAAAGGCCCUCCAGAUAAAAAAUAAGUGGGAUAACUCAUUAUAAGCAACCUUUAGGUCUGUGAUAUAGAAAUAUUAAUGGAGUAAAUUUUGUGUGAAGCGAGAAAAAAAUCUUUGAAGUCCACAACCAAUUUCACUGUUAGGCACUCUGAAACUGAAAGCAGAGUUUAUUUUAAAGCCUCCUUUGGUAGGAAUUAUGAUUUGUGCUAGCUAAGCAUCCCCUUGCACGAAAGUCUGCUUGGUGGUUGCGAUCCUAAAGGACUUAUCAGAUGUUAACUGCAAACACCUAUCAUGUCUGUGGACGAUACUGCUUCGCUGAACGAGGCUGUUCUACUAGCUUUGAGAAGUAAGCAAGCCAGCAGGCGUUCAAAAAUCAUCAAAGUAGCACCUGCUUUGAGGUUAGAUGGCUCACACUCCAGCAACACAUUUCCAUUCAGUGUGCACACGCUCGCACAAAUGGCAUCUUCAGCUUAAAAAUAUUUUUUUCAUAUAGAAAUCUGGUUCCAGUUAAAAGCGACACUGGAAGUCUCGCCACGGAAUGGCUCACUUCCACUUUUUCGUGGGUCUGCGUAGGUAAAGAAAGAAAACAGAUACUUUCUUGCAACUAGACUGACACACAGGCACACAACCUAUAUUAGACAUUGUCGUUGUCACAAUGCAUCACCAUUACCACAUGAAGAGAGAUGUACAGUGCUAAAAAAUUGGAAUGCAAACAGCAGCAAAUGACAACCAACAUCAUUAACGUGUAAUUACUUGGAAGUGCAGUGUAUAAUCACUCUGUAGCCAGUUUUGAAGCAUGGAUUAGUUCCAUGUGUACAUUUGGAGUCUGAAUUAUGCUGCUGUUACAAGUGCCGUGAACUUGGAUGCAGGUGAACUUGGAAACGUACUAAAGUAGUUUCAAAAUUGUUCGCGUUUCAACUUUCUUAGCACUUUGCUGAAACGAAGUGGCAAAUAGCACUUAGUCCCGGUUAUGUUGAUUUGUCACCAAAUGGCAGUUCACCCUUGUGCAGUAGUUGAUGUGUGUAGAACCCCUAUACCGUCGAAACCCGCAUUAACAAUAUCUUGCAACAAUGAAAUUAUCGCGACAGAGAAACAGUUUCGUAUUCCCAGUGAACGCCCAUAGGAUUCAAUGCAUUUCGUACCUCUCCGCAACGAAAUGUCGCUGUACUGCAAUUCCGCAUCAACGAAAUUUGCCAGAACGUAACUCCGCAUGUUACCCACUCGCGUAAGGCUAGCCAGUUCCAAAAUGUGCUCAAAUACGAUUGUUUUGCACUAAAAUUGCGUAAAAUAGCACCACAUUACAUAUGUGUGGGCACUGCCAUUUUUGUUCACAAAAACAACCAAACCAAGAGCUGGAAGCAGUCAGUGUGCUGGAAGCACGUCAUGACCACCAUCUUGUUUGUUGAUCGCCCGUUUGAAGCGGCACACAUGUUGCUACCAACAUGUGAUGACGGUUUUUGCACGCUGUUCGAAACAUGCUUUCAGUUUGCAUUCCUUGCGGCUGACAAUUUGGCGAGGCCUAGGCCAAUUGCGUGAGGCGAAACUGAACGCAAACUGAAUGCGCGUUUUCAAGAACAAUUGCUGAUCGUGCAGUGCACUGCGUAAUGUGUGCCUCGAUGAGAAAAAUGCAGCAAAAACAAGGAAACCACGUCCCACCGACAUGGAAUUCUUUAUGGUGCUUGAGAUGGCGGUCGCAGCAUAUGGAUUGUCACGCAUCGGGCCACGACUGAGCGAUCAUCCGGGAAUACGCAUCCCUUGCUUCAAGAACGCUGGUUUUGGUGCCACCCGACACGCAUCGCGUGCGGAUUUGGCGCCAGCCGUAGAUUUGCGCGAAAAGGCCGUUAUCUCGAUUGUUUGCCUUCGGGUACACUAAUACGAUCACUUUUGUGCUCGGCACCGGACACGUUGGCGCCUACGCGCAACAGCAUGCGCUGGAGAAAUGCUGCUGCCUGCACCAUUGCUCUGCGUCCGGUGCCGAGUUACGCAAAAUCUCGCAAAAUUGAUCGCAUCUUCGAAAGCAAUUGACCGAGAAUACUGCGCUACGGCAGUGCUGCCACUUCUGAUCGACACGUGCGGCGCACUUUGUAGUGUCGAAAAUGUGGUUCUAUAUCCUCGAGCAAAGCUUGCAGAGUAGGCUAACGGAAUUUCGUCAGUAAAGUUUCGUUCUGCGAUGCAUUACCAACUGUGUUGUUUCUUUUCGCAACAACGAAAUUCUCAUGAAAGCAAAUUUUUUCGCGUUUCCUGCCAAUUUUGUUAUUGCAAAGCUCAACUGUAGUGUCUAUCCAGCAUGGACAUCUGCCAUAAAAACUUGCAUAAGGCAGGUUUUUAUUUAUCUGUGUGAGGAACCUCUUGAGGAACCCACAUGGGUUUCCUUUAUAGGUUUGUGCUACUUUUGUGUUAAUAGCCAGUUAGUGCAAAUAUGUUACUUUUCUAAAUGUGGAUAAUGGUACCCGUUACUACCUGUUGAACAGUGAGUUUUGCUUCCUGAUCUAUCUUUUGGGAGUACAUCACGGGUCACUUCAUGCUGCAUGGCUGUAUAAUGUUGUCAUAUAUCAUGUGAUAGACAUGAUACCUGAUACAAGUUGAGUGUGUCAGCAUGAAAGAACCAGCAGUUAACUUUUGAUCUGUUGUUACAGGUUAGCACAAAUGCAGAAAUCAUCUACAAGUGAUAUUAAAGAUAGCCUUGCUAGCAAACCAGGUUCUUGAGCUUAGUAGAGAAUGCAGCGGAAGACGUGGGCUAGGUUUUUAUAAAGCAAUUUUUCACUCUUCUUUUGUGUGUGCAGAUGUGCAGCUUUGGGAGCAUGAGGUUUACUCCAUUGCACAAUAGCAACACGCACAAAUAUGUUCAGUUGCUGCACAAGUGCUAGUCAAAGCACAGACCCUGAAGUGUGCACCCUUGCAAUUUUUUAAUAUGGCGUGAGCUCUGACUGCAUGGUGUGCCAGUGGCCUUGUAGCAGCGAGGGGCACUCCUGAAGCAUACAAUGCUGCAGAAUGCAUUCAAACUGUAAAUCUUUCAUGCACCCGAGUAUACUGUAGCUGGUCCCGCCACUACAACACAGCUUUAAACGCUGUGUGGCCGAUGCUCACGUGAUAUUAAAAAAUGCAAAGGCGUAAAUUUAUGAGCAUCACUUCCAACUUGAUUUUGCCUGAAGUUGUGUGGGCCCAGAUUCACUCACAUUCAUUACCACCAGUUCCAGUUAUUAAAGACAUUUUAUUACCUGACAGGCAAAUUUUAACAAAUAUGCACCGUACUUAGCAUUGUAAAUGUGCUUGGAGCCACAAACUCGGGAACAGUGCACAUAUGCCAACACAUUCCCAAUGCUGCUGUUUGUGCCAUUACUGCAGUGUUUGAAAGCUAAAGCAGUGCAUCUGUACACUGGUUUACAUAUGCUACACUAUACACACUUGGUGCCGCUACAUACUGAUGUCAGCCAGUGCUAAUUGCAUUUUUCUCUUCUGCACGAAAACUAAAGUCGUCUUUGCUUUUCUGAAAAGGCGUUUUGUUGUAUGUCUUAUUAGAGAAACAGAAAUGUGAUGAACCUGAGUUCUGAUAUGUUUUCAUGUUUAGUGCACCGAUCAGUUCAUGUGUCUCUGACUCUUCAAGCACAAUCAACAUGUAUUUGCACUGUGCCAAAUAGAAGGACAUUCUUCUAUGAUAUAUGUCUAUUUUUCAUAUGCCUUUACGUUUCAAGGAAUGUGUACAUCUGAAUGUGUACUACAUGUAUGCUAGAUGUAGAAAACCAGUGUAUCUUAUUGAUGUUGGUAUGCAUAAGACAUUAAAUCGAACAAUUUCAACUCCA